GGGCUGGGGAGCGCGCGCGGGCAGGAACCAGGAAGCGGGGCACGCUCGGGGUUACGGGCGGGCGCGCGUCCCCGGAGCCUGGGCGCGAGAGCGGCGCGCGCCCCCGUGGGCCCCGGCGGGAGGAGAGUCGGCGGCCCAAGCCGUCACCCCAGGGCGGGGACCGAGCGCCGGCGACGACGCGCGGAGGUCCUGCACGGGGAGGGAGCAAGCGGGCGCGCGAGAGGCGUGCGGGGCCGGAGAGACCGCUGGCUCUGGUGGGGCAGAACGAGGUUGUAAGCCAUGGCAAUGUGGAUACAGGCUCAGCAGCUCCAGGGCGAUGCCCUUCAUCAGAUGCAGGCCUUGUACGGCCAGCAUUUCCCCAUCGAGGUGCGACAUUAUUUAUCCCAGUGGAUCGAAAGCCAAGCCUGGGACUCAAUAGAUCUUGAUAAUCCACAGGAGAACAUUAAGGCCACCCAGCUCCUGGAGGGCCUGGUGCAGGAGCUGCAGAAGAAGGCUGAACACCAGGUGGGGGAAGAUGGGUUUUUGCUGAAGAUCAAGCUGGGGCACUAUGCCACGCAGCUCCAGAACACGUACGACCGCUGCCCCAUGGAGCUGGUUCGCUGUAUCCGGCACAUUCUGUACAAUGAACAGAGGCUGGUCCGAGAAGCCAACAAUGGGAGCUCUCCGGCUGGAAGUCUUGCUGACGCCAUGUCCCAGAAGCACCUUCAGAUCAACCAAACGUUUGAGGAGCUGCGUCUGAUCACACAGGACACGGAGAGCGAGCUGAAGAAGCUGCAGCAGACCCAAGAGUACUUCAUCAUCCAGUACCAGGAGAGCCUGCGGAUCCAAGCUCAGUUUGCCCAGCUGGCCCAGCUGAACCCCCAGGAGCGCAUGAGCAGGGAGACAGCCCUCCAGCAGAAGCAAGUGUCCCUGGAGACCUGGCUGCAGCGAGAGGCACAGACACUGCAACAGUACCGCGUGGAGCUGGCUGAAAAGCACCAGAAGACCCUGCAGCUGCUGAGGAAGCAGCAGACCAUCAUCCUGGACGACGAGCUGAUCCAGUGGAAGGGGCGGCAGCAGCUGGCCGGGAACAGGGGUCCCCAGGGCAGCCUGGACGUGCUGCAGUCCUGGUGUGAGAAGCUGGCCGAGAUCAUCUGGCAGAACCGGCAGCAGAUCCGCAGGGCUGAGCACCUCUGCCAGCAGCUGCCCAUCCCAGGCCCCGUGGAGGAGAUGCUGGCCGAGGUCAACGCCACCAUCACAGACAUCAUCUCAGCCCUGGUCACCAGCACGCUCAUCAUCGAGAAGCAGCCCCCUCAGGUCCUGAAGACCCAGACCAAGUUCGCGCCACCGUGGCGCCUGCUGGUGGGCGGGAAGCUGAACGUGCACAUGAACCCUCCGCAGGUGAAGGCGACCAUCAUCAGCGAGCAGCAGGCCAAGUCCCUGCUCAAGAACGAGAACACCCGCAAUGAUUACAGCGGCGAGAUCCUGAACAACUGCUGCGUCAUGGAGUACCACCAGGCCACAGGCACCCUCAGCGCCCACUUCAGAAACAUGUCCCUGAAACGAAUCAAGAGGUCUGACCGCCGAGGUGCAGAGUCGGUCACGGAAGAGAAGUUCACAAUCUUGUUUGACUCGCAGUUCAGUGUUGGUGGAAACGAGCUGGUCUUUCAAGUCAAGACCUUGUCGCUCCCGGUGGUGGUGAUCGUUCACGGCAGCCAGGACAACAAUGCAACGGCUACCGUCCUCUGGGACAACGCCUUUGCAGAGCCUGGCAGGGUGCCAUUUGCCGUGCCUGACAAGGUGCUGUGGCCGCAGCUGUGUGAGGCGCUCAACAUGAAGUUCAAGGCUGAAGUGCAGAGCAACCGGGGCUUGACCAAGGAGAACCUCGUGUUCCUGGCACAGAAACUGUUCAACAGCAGCAGCAACCACCUCGAGGACUACAACAGCAUGUCCGUGUCCUGGUCCCAGUUCAACCGGGAGAAUCUGCCAGGACGGAAUUACACUUUCUGGCAGUGGUUUGACGGUGUGAUGGAGGUGUUAAAGAAACAUCUCAAGCCUCACUGGAACGAUGGGGCCAUCUUGGGUUUCGUGAACAAGCAGCAGGCCCACGACCUGCUCAUCAACAAGCCAGAUGGGACCUUCCUGCUGCGCUUCAGCGACUCGGAAAUUGGGGGCAUCACCAUUGCUUGGAAGUUUGACUCCCAGGAGAGAAUGUUUUGGAAUCUGAUGCCUUUUACCACGAGAGACUUCUCUAUCCGGUCCCUCGCUGACCGCCUGGGGGACCUGAAUUACCUCAUAUACGUGUUUCCUGAUCGGCCAAAGGAUGAAGUAUAUUCUAAAUACUACACACCAGUCCCGUGUGAGCCCGCCACCGCGAAAGCAGCUGACGGAUACGUGAAGCCGCAGAUCAAGCAAGUGGUCCCUGAGUUUGUCAAUGCUUCUACAGAUGCAGCGAGUGGCGCCACCUACAUGGACCAGGCUCCUUCCCCAGUGGUGUGCCCUCAGGCUCACUACAACAUGUACCCACCGAACCCCGACUCUGUCCUCGAUACCGAUGGGGAUUUCGAUCUGGAAGACACGAUGGACGUGGCACGGCGCGUGGAAGAGCUCUUAGGCCGGCCCAUGGACAGUCAGUGGAUCCCUCACGCGCAGUCAUGACCAGACCUCACCGCCUGCAGCUUCACUGUCCUCCUGGAGGACCCUUCCUGUGGAUGUUUUAAUUCCAUGAAUCGCUUCUCUUUGGAAACAAUAUUCGUAAUGUGAAGUGUUAAUACUAGUCGUGACUUUAGUGUCUCUGUGCAUAGUGGCACUAGUGAAGGGAGUGUGCGUGAGUGUGAGUGUGUGAGUUUGCACGUUGUGUUUUUCCCACCCCCUGCUGUCCAGUCUAAGCCGCCACACCAGGGCAGGGGCCUCCCCGUGCUUGUUUUUCCCAUGUGCUAAAAAGCAGUCAGCUCCCUGAACCCUGGAACCUGGCCAUGUGUCUUAAGGGUGGCUGACCCUUGACGUGCGACUGUCCAAGUAAGAAAAGGACAAAGAGAGGAAAAAGCACCCCCUCUCUGGGGAGCCUCCAACCCUCUGCCAGGUAGUCCAUAGUCCAAGCGAGCUGUCAUUGUCUCCGUAGAUGACUGUUGAUGAAAGCCAGUGCCUCACGUGUCCCCCGUCCCUGUUAUGUGAGGGACUGAAAGGGGAGCUGAGUCAAGGGUGUUGGGGCAAGGGUGGUCACAGGUCUUUGGAUGGGGAGUGACCCUUUCCACCACUUCCCCCCAUCUUAACACUGGCUCCUUUCUCCCCCUUGCUCACCCAAUCCCUGUUUCUAGAACUGCCGCUCAGCUUACGUGUGCGUACUCGAGUGGACAUGUUUAACAAAAUAGUGGAGAGGAAGGAGGGCCACCCACCUCUGAGCGUACAGGUACGGGUGAUGGAUGCUCUGUGCUCUGCCAGCACGGCGUGGUGUACCCAUUCCUGGCUCCAGACGCUGGGCGUGGCCUGUCCGUGCCACCCUCCCCCACUCUGUACUGUGACCAGGCGGUGCCUGCGUUGUCCAAGGCUUUUUUCUCUCCAAGCUUGUUGAUAAUGGCUUUCUGCAAACGUCUGGUGGUGUUUUUGUUUCUAAAUCAGGUCUUUUUUUUCUUUUUUUUUUUUUUUUUUUUUUUUUUUUUUUUUUUUUUUUUUUAUGUUUUUCCCAUUCGCACCCGAAUUUGACAUCAAAUUUCUCUCUUCCUGUAUCAGGUCCUGGGUCCUCUGUACCCAAAUCACUUCAUCUCCCUUCAGUGUCACAUAGUAUCCUGAGGAUUAGGCGGUGGGAAGGGGCCCGGACCCAGGGACAGCCUGCCAAGCAGCCAGCACUGUGCGGUCCUGGAGUGCUGGGUGUCGUUGGGGUUUGGGGAAAUGCAGUCAGCAGGUUUGCUAGGAAGCUUGGGAAACUGUAGAAGCACAGCGAAAGCCUCAGUGUGAUUUUGUUCCACAGUCUCCUCCCGUAGUAGUGUCUCCAGAAGGAAGGAAGGGGCUGCAGUGGGCCGUCAGGGAGAGGGGCAAGCAGAGAGCUGUUACCACUCAGGCUUGCAAAGCCCUCCUUGGCUUCCUCUUCCCAAACCAGGGCAGAGGCACGCCCAGGAGAGGAGCCCCAAAACCUUAUUUUUAUACAUGCAAGUAAAUAAACAUAUUUUUUUUACAAAAAAAAAAAAACUUCUGAACUUAUCAGUGUUUUACUGUUAAAGGAAAAUACUCCUGUGUAGUAAAUUAUUUAUUGGGAGAUGAGUUUUUAAAAGCUGCUGUUUGCCUUGGCUUGGUUUUGUACACUGAUUUUUUUUUUUUUCUAUGCCUGGCGGUAGCUCCUCUGCCUCAGGUGCUGGCGGGAUGGAGGAGGUGUGAGCCCCCUCCCUGCCCCCUCAGAAGAAAGCCGGAACUGCUAGAGAAGUCCAGGCUUAAGGGACUCUCCUCUACCUGUCCUGUGGCUGCUUGUCCCAGUAACCCUCGCAAGGGUGUGGACUCUAUAGAUUUAUGGUGGACGUGGCCGCAGGGCAUGGGGCGAGUAGAGCAGCCUGGCACCUUUCAAGUUGGUUUGAAGAAGAGGGUGCCCAAAUGUGAGGUUCCCACAAGGUUGUUAAGCUACCUGGAUUUACUGAGGCUGUGCCUGGACCUGGGAGAGGUUUUUAACUGGAAAGUGUGUUCCCUAUCCGCAUGCUGGUCUCUCUCUGCCCCACUCCUGCACAAAAAGACGAGGCGAGGGCAGGUCUUCACCUGCCUCUUGCCUGCUCACAGACCCACCGGUGAGUCAAGAAAGUCUUAGCUUUGGGGUGCGGCGAGUGGGGGGCUUUGUAGAGGUGGAAGGAAAUUUGAAGUGGCUAUCUCAUACAACGAAAAUAUUCUUUUAUAAUUUUUCUUUUUAAUGUUUUAUUUCAGAUACAUAUUUUAGUGUUGAGGCAGAUUAGUAUAUAGCCACCAAAAAGUAUUGUGUAUAAACUGGGGCAGCCACAAAAUUGUGUAUUUUAUGUUACAAUAAAAGCGUCUCCUGAAGGACAA